AUGGAUCCGCUCUCUGCAGCGGAACAUACGAACGGUCGUCUGACCAGUUGGGUGGGUUUUGAUGAGAUUUCAAUGACGUCACCCAUUGCUGGACAGACGACAUCAUCUGGUCAAAAUCAUGGGAUUCGUCCUGAAAGUGUUGACCUCUGUGAUGGACGAAAUAGUGUUGCAACAGAAGAGCGACUUGAAUUGGAAGAUAACGAGAGAGCAGUUGUUACUCCUCUCCCGACAAAGGAAGUAAUUGCUGAUCCAUCCGCCCUUAGUCAGGCUCCUGUUGUCGACGCUUCCCAGGAAUAUCAUGAGAAACGCCCCGUAAUCAUGACCAGAGAUGCGGAUCCAAUUCGUGGAAUAAUGACACCUGGAGGAAUUCAUUUAGUAAACAGCAAAAUCAUCGCCACCGUUUAUCCUGAAAACACCAUGUGUUCAUGGGUGAUUCCACCUCGUUAUGAUCCAUAUUCAAUUCCUUCAGUUUUGGCAGCGGAAGGUUUUACCAUGCCCGCCGAGGAUUAUGUAACAGCUAUGGAGCUCAUCACGAAUGAUUAUCGAUUCAGAAGCUUUUCCUCAUUAUACUCUCGUUUGGUGGCAUUCUGGAUGACAUUAUCCAUCGUUAUCCUGCUAGUGGUACUGUUUGCCAAUUCCGAGGGAGGAAUUCUUGUGAUGUCGUUUUGUCUGUUCUGGUGUGUCAUGUUAUUUGCUGGAAUUAUCGCAUGUGCCAUCAUUCGGAAACAGAUACGUAUUGGCCUCAGACACUGUGUCCAGUCUGCAAACAAAGUGUUGAUAAAGAACAAUAUGAUAGCUGGUGUCGAGGACAAAGGGCAGCUGAGUUGCCACAAAGUUGUUAUUCAUAUGAUGUGGUUCCGACUAGAAGAUUGUCUUCCGGACAUCGAACGGCUAAUUCGAAUUGAGGCCAGUGGAGGAGCUGUGGUAUUUGGCAGUGGUGCACAUACGGCUCCAGCUAAAGAAAUGACUAAGAAGGAGAUAGAAGAAAAAGCACGCCAUCUCAUCCUCAAGUAUAGUCAAGAAUAUGUAAAGGACACUGCCAGGUAUCGUCUCGUAUUCCCAAGUAGACCUUCACUGGGUGUGAGUGACUACGCUCCGAAGCACUGUCCUAAGCAACUGUGUUUGUGCCAAUACAUUGACAAGAAUCACUUCAAUCGUCCACCAAAAAAGUGGUAUUCACAUUUUGUGUAG